AUGGCUUCUGAAUUGUCCAAAUCUGCUACAUUCCACAGUUUUUGUGAUGAGACCGACAUGCUUUCGCCACUCCCGUCUCAAACACCAAUUCCAAAUACUUUUGCUUCGUGGAUUCACUUCUUUCUGUUACGUAAACGGCGUUCCGCCAUGAGGCGGCAAAUUGUUUUAAGGCCAUCCAUUUCGCUCUCUGUUGUUGAUGAAACGAAAGCGCUUGGUUCUGAUGGUGAAAGCAUUGAGGUUUCGCCUUGUAGCAGCGAUCAAUGUGCAAGUCAGUCUGAUCGUCAUGUCAUUAAUGUUAAAAUGCGUCAGAAACCAACACGUCGUUGGAACGAGCAGGAUAUUCAGAAACGUUUAUCACUUCCCGCCGAUCUAAGGCUUCCGUUAAGUGUGAUCGAGAAACUGAACCGCACACCAACAUUAGAUCAACCCUUAACGAGAAAGAGUCGUCGUGCAUCUCUGAGUGAAAUUGGUUUCGGCAAACUUGAAACAUAUGAAAAAUUGGAGAAGCUAGGAGAAGGAACAUAUGCCACAGUUUAUAAAGGACGAUCGCGAUUGACAGAAAAAUUCGUCGCUCUCAAGGAAAUACGUUUGGAGCUGGAAGAAGGAGCACCUUGUACAGCGAUCAGGGAAGUUUCUAUACUGAGGGAUUUACGCCAUGCGAAUAUCGUCACAUUGCAUGACAUAAUUCACACAGAAAGAAUACUCACUCUUGUCUUCGAAUAUGUUGACCGUGAUUUAAAGCAGUAUCUUGAUGACUGCCAGGAUGUCAUAUCGAUGAGGAACGUCCGGUUAUUCUUAGUGCAGUUAUUACGAGGACUAAAUUAUUGUCAUCAACGACGAAUUUUACAUCGGGAUUUGAAGCCGCAAAAUUUACUUAUUAACGAAAAAGGUGAACUGAAACUUGCUGACUUUGGUUUGGCACGGGCGAAGUCAAUACCUACGAAAACAUAUUCAAAUGAGGUUGUGACACUGUGGUAUCGUCCACCUGACGUUUUGCUGGGUUCCACGGACUACUCAACCCACAUCGAUAUGUGGGGUGUUGGUUGCAUUCUUUUCGAAAUGAUUACUGGGUAUGCGCUAUUUCCUGGUUCUGUCGUUGAAGAGCAACUUCUCUUGAUAUUCCACAUGCUCGGCACUCCAUCAUCAUCUAGUCAUCCUCAGAUAUGUAACUCAACCACAUUUCGCUUGUGUAGAUUUCCCCAUUAUCGUCCCAACAAUCUGCAGAUUACAUGUCCUAGAAUUGAUCAGCAUGCGAAUGAUCUCUUGCAUCGUUUGCUCCAGUAUGAAGGUCGGAAACGGUUGUCAGCAGCGGAUGCAUUACAACAUUCAUUCUUACAGUGUUUACCAAGGGCAAUUUUUGAACUCUCUGAUUGCGAAUCUGUUAUGUCAGUUCCUGGAGUCCGACUGGUCAAGGAUUCUGCAAUGUCAGAUCGUACGAGUUAUCGGAAUACUCGCUCAAGUCGACGCAAGAGCUUACUUCUUUAA